GAAGAAGUCUUUUCAGAAGUACUGGAUACGAAGACGACGAGGUAACAUCAGUAGCAGCGAAGGCAACUUUCCAGCGUGCAGCACGGCGAAGCUACUUUGAAGACGAACGCCUUUUGCAUUGACGAUAUACCAUGUACGGCUACAAAGACCACGGUUGGGAGAGAGUUAGGGAUCGUUACUACGAUGGGAGGGAUCGAGACCGAGACCACUACUACAACAGCGGUUGUGAGAGUGGACGCAAUGGCGGCAGAGACUUUGGAAGGGAAGGUACCUGCAGAAAGAGCGGAAGAGAAGGUGGAAGAGAGGACGCAAGAGGGAGGUACGGAGAGUCAAGCGGGGGGAACUACGAACGGGGAUAUCCUCCAUGGGAUUAUCCCAGGAGGAAUGUUCCUGUCUGCUUCAAUUGGAACGAGCCAAGGCAUCACAAGAAUCAAUGCCCAAGGCUGGUGGGCGAAGGAGGUUCUAACGCCUACACAGGACCAAGAGGUCGCUCCCUAUCACCGGGGCGCGGCACACAUGGCAAUACGAGGCGAUCGGCCCCUGAAGAGCCUGACCUGUGCAAGCAACUGGAGGAUCUCAAAAACUCUUUGAGCCCAGUGCGCGAAUUCGUCGACAAGCAAAAGGAAACAAAAGAGGAGAAGGAAAGACGAAAGUUUGAAAAAGAAGAGAGGGUUAGACGGGAGGCGGAAGAAAAAGAGGAAGCCGAAAGACGAACGAUGAGAAAGGAGGCUAAGCAACGGCGAGAAGAAGAAAAACGAGCACUAAUGCGCAAAGAUAUGGCGAUGGAGCUAUCUAUUAGGAUGGGAGGAAUCGAAAGUCGUAUCGACCGUGUCGAUAGGAAGGUUAAGAAAGUGGUGAAGGAGACAGUGGGCAAAGGGAAGGCUAAGAUGGCAACAUCGGAUUACACCAGCACAUCCGAUGAUGAGUCAGGAGCCUGCGGAGGUUGGGGUGACAACGAUAUCGAGGAGAUCAGCAGUAGGACUGGCGCUUUAAAGAUCACAGAGAGACAGGAGAAGAGAAAGCGAAGUGCGGAGAAGACUGUGGGGGAUAGCCCCCCGAUGAUAACAUCGGCUAAGAGAACACCUAGGCGAGCGGGAAAGCCUGUGAAGUUAGCCGAGCAACUCAGGCACAGUGGCGGAAAAACAACGCCGAAGAUGACGGCUAAGAAGACAUCGGGACGUACAACACCAAGGACGGGCAGCCAGCGGAAGAAAGUUCCGGCAAAGAUCGGAUCGGAGGGAAAAGUGAAAUACAUCCGAGAGAACAUGCUCCUAUUAGCUGAUAUGACAGUCGAUGAACUCAAGCAGAUUUUCUUGGAUAAAGACAUAAAGCUAGCUGAGGUUAGGAAGGUGGUGAACGACAAGAUCGAGGGGUUGGAUCUACCAGUCUGUGUGAAGAAGGAAGCACGUAAUACUGUUCGAACGGUAUGGGUUAAGAACCCGACAGUUGCGAGCAUGCUACAUAAUCAGCGGCGUUUCGCUAAAGCUGAAGUGCAGACCUGCUGUUGCGCAGGACUUCCCUAUCCAAGGAUAGGAGAACACGUGCAGUUCCGACUACAGGAGCUGGAGGGGAUUCACCCUAUGAUUUGCAACGCGAACAACAUUUCAAAACCCGACUAUCAAGACAGGAGCCAGAUGUUGUGCGAAGAGAUCGGCACGGCCUUUGAAGGAUGGGUUAACAGUGGAGACCAGAAGACGGUUGUCGAAGUAUGUGAGGUUAACAAGUGUUUGACCGGUCUUCGAACGGAGCGGGCCAAGUACUUGACGACGAGGGAAGUGGAACAGGUGAAGGCAGCACUGAAGGGGUUGGUAGUAAAACCGUUGGACAGAAACACAGGAGAAAGUAUGGUGAUAUGUCAUAAGGUGUACUUUGAAGCCAUGAUGGAUAUGUUCGUGAGGAGUGAGGGAUACGUAGUUGAAACAAGAACUGAGGAGGUGGUCAGGACACAGAUGAAAGCAGAGAUCAAGCUACACAACCUACAGCUAAGUGUCAAAUGGGACGGGCAGGGUGAUUUCGGAGAUGCCUACGUACUACCAAAACAUAAAGAUCUGUGCAGGUUUCGACCGAUCUGCCCAACAUAUUCAGAACCGACUAUCAAGGCGGGGAGGAAUAUGUCAAGAGCUUUGAAUCACAUGCUGUUCACCUUGCUAAGGGACUGGCACUUCAACCUGAGAUAUGUCUCAACGGUAGCAUCAAGGAUUGACGUCUUCAACCGCAGACUGGAGCGUUGGAUGAAGAGAGGCUGCGAACUUGUCUCGAGGUCGUACGACAUCAAAGACAUGUUCAGCAGACUACCUCACGAGGAAAUCGUUAAAUCAGUGGAAUGGUUAGUGGACUACCACUCGAGUAAAGCCAGGAAGUUUGUGAGAGUAAAUCCAAGGGGAAAAGGAAGCAACUAUGGACACACAACCGGUGACGAUCACUGGAAGAAGAUCGACUUGACACAGAUCGUGGAAUUAGUGAGAUUCGAGCUUAAGCACACAUAUACAAGAGCGACUGAAGUACUACUGAGACAAGUUGUGGGAAUCCCAAUGGGUAAAGGAACUAGCCCACCUCUUGUGUGCAUUAUGUGUGCCUACGCAGAGUACAAGUUCCUGAGAAGCAUGGGAGACCUUUGUCGGGACAUCUUUGGGCUUAGACUCAUGGAUGAUGUGAGUCUGAUCGUCCUGUCAAGAAGCGACAACGACGAAGAUGUGGAGAGGAUCAAUGUUUCCUUUGAGAAGUGUUACCCGAAGAACUUAACGCUUAAGAGAACUGAUGACGGCGGAAAUUCGUCGAAGUUUUUGGGGAUGGAGAUGAGGACCAGCAAGCGUCCUUCCUACAUUGGUAAGGUUCAGUUAUCCAAAAACGAGGAGGGUAUCUGGGGUGACGAGGAGCUUGAAUUUAAGAAUGGACAAGACUAUAACUCUUGGGGGAGCAAGCAGCAGAAGAGUGCGGCAAUAGCAAGUUACUUGCACCGUAUCGACAGAAAUACGACAUUACGGGAGGAAAUCCCAAUGCAAGUGCUCACCCUUAAGAGAGAACUCUGCAUUAAGAAGUGUCCAAAGAACUUCUUUGAGAGAGUUCUGCGAAGAUUCACGAAGGGAAAAGACCGGAUGUGGGAGUCGAUCUACGGAUGGCUGUUUGACUGAGGGAUAUGAUGUUCUGACCUGUCUUCUGCGUUUGAAAAUUGAUCUGUUGUUCGUUGUUUGACCAAGAGAUGGGAUGAUUUAGCCGGUAGUGAUGCUUACACGCUUCUAUGUUUACUAUCGU